AUGAAGACGGCGAUGAAGACAAAGUCGUUUGGGAUAGAUGCCCUCUUAGCCAAAGAUGAUGUCACUAAGUCGGGGGAACAAGAAUCUACAGGUUGUCCCCUUUCUCCGGCAGGUAUAUCUAGUCCUUCAGGUAUGUACGGCGUGGCCCCCGUGUACGGCAGGACAGGUGACACUCCGAGUGCUGCCUUCCAAUCAGCAGGCCCACAGUUCGCUACCAGAUCCUACGGUGUGGCUCCAUUAGUCUUACCUUUGGCAGGUACAACCAACCCGGGCCAUUUUUUCUUACCUUUGCUGCCGUCCCAUCCUUUGGGUGGGAUACACCCGCCUCUGGACAUUCACGCUGACAAUUCGGGUGUGUCCCAAGACUCUCCCUGCACGGGCCGUCCACUUCUUGAUCAACUAAAGAACCAUCAACCAUUUAGCCUCCAAUGGUUAUUAAGAUCGGGAUUGGCCUAUCCACCGCCUCUAGAUUUAGCAGCCCAUCAACGACCAUUUGCCAUGGGUAAAAGUCGAAGACCAAGAACCGCUUUCACAAGCCAGCAACUUUUGGAAUUGGAAAACCAAUUUAGGUUAAACAGAUAUCUUUCUAGACCUAAAAGAUUCGAAGUAGCAACAAAUUUGAUGUUAACCGAAACACAGGUAAAAAUUUGGUUCCAAAAUAGAAGAAUGAAAUGGAAAAGAAGUAAAAAAUCUCAACAGGAAUCUAAAAGCAAUAAUGAAAAGUCGGAUAAGAGAAAUCUGGAUCGAAAUAAAUUAGAACACGAUUCUCCUUCGUCUAGUGAUCAACUUCGAAAUAACGGAGAUUCCAAUCAAAAUGAAGGGGAUGAUAAAAAAUAUCAAGAUGAUGAAAAUACUAGGAAUUCUAUUGAAAGAAAUGACUCCUACAGAUCUGUAGAUUACGAUGGUUCUUCGAGAGGAAGCACAGAAGAAAUAUGCAAUGAGUAUCAUCAAAGACAGCUCGACGUAACAAAUUUCAUUAAAUCCCGAGGAAAUAGCACUUCUGCCAUCGAACUACCAAGGCAUCAUUUAGGUGAGACCUCGCAACGAUCGGAUGGCAAAGAUCAAAUUGAUUGGACACUUAGAAACCCUCGACCUUUUAUGAAUUUCAGGGAAGGGUCGUCAUCCGUCAUUCAGACGGAUACAAAAGACGAAUUAGAGGUAAAUAAAGAGGUGCAGGAAUUAGAUGCGGCUACUUUGAAACGUCAAAGACCUUAUAACCAAGAAAGACAAAUCGAUAAUUUUCAUCUUGCUAGGGUUGGUACGUCGGGAGUACAUUAUUUAAAUUCUCAAAUACUUGGCACCACGGAAACUGGCCACCAUCAGAUUUCGGACCUGUCGGGUAAAUUUUUUUCCGGAUCGUGGAGUCAGAGACCAUUAAUACACACUCAGUCGAAUGUGGUCAGGUCAUCCGAAGAGAGAUGAAUGGUUUUUCGCGUGUGCAUAGUAGAGAACUGAUUAUAGUGUGAUCAGGCGUGUUCGUGAUUAUUCUAGUUGAACAUUCUUAGAAAUUAUAAAAAAAAAGUACUCAUCAUCAUUUGGUUCAUAUUUGAAAACAAAAUAAACAGCCAGAACUAUUAUAGAGAAAUAGGAUGAGUGAUUCUGUAUUUAUUUCGUGAUUAUAAUUUUGGACAUGAGAUUUCUGUAUG